AUGGAUGUGAAGAAUAUUUUCUUGAAUGGUGACCUUCAUGAAGAGGUUUAUAUGACACCUCCCCCGAGUGUUCCUCAUAAGUUUGGUGAAGUUUGUGAUGAUCAUGUUGAUAUUGAAUCAUUGAAGUCUGAGUUGGCACAUUCUUUUGCUAUGAAAGAUUUGGACAUUCUACGCUAUUUUUUGGGAAUUGAGGUAGUCUAUUAUCCUAAAGAUUAUCUCUUAUCUCAAUCAAACUUGAUAUAUCUUAUUGUAACUCGCCCAGACAUUGCGCAUGCAGUUAAUGUGGUUAGCCAGUAUUUUCGGGGCACUCAUUUUCAUAGUCUCAUGUUUCAUUCCACGUCUUCGUUAGAGUUGCGCGCCUACUAUGAUGCAGAUUGGGCUGGUGAUCCUACGGACCGCAAGUCAACCACUAUAUAUUGUAUUUUCUUCGGUGAUUCGUUUAUUUCGUGGAAAAGCAAGAAACAAGAUGUCAUCUCUCGGUCUUCUACAGAAGCUGAGUAUCGUGCCAUGACCACAACUGCAUGUGAAAUUGUUUGGUUACGUCGAUUAGUUACUGAUAUGUGUAUUUCACUUUCUCACCCUCCGCUACAUUGCGAUAAUCAAAGUGUUAUUCAGAUUGCACGAAAUACCGUCUUUAAUGAGCGAACCAAACAUAUCGAGAUUGAUUGUCAUGUCACUCAUCAUCUUCUACAAACUCACACCAUCAUUUUGUCAUUUGUUCCUUUCUCUCCUUGCAGAUUGCUGAUAUAUUUACGAAAGCGCACUCGGCUUCGCGUUUUUGUUUUUUAA